GCCGACUACAAAUACCCAAGUUGCUCGCAUACGACGAAUGCGUGGUAAAGAAACUCACGUUUACGCUACAGCCUUGAGCAUUCGCCACCAUGCUUAAGACGCCCACUGUGGAUUCAAGUCUAGUUGAUGCGCUGGAACUGAUAUCGCAGACGGGUCAUACGAGCCAUUCGCAAAAUGACGCUACGAGCACAGUGGAAAUGAUGCCAAUACAGUCCAAGAAGGAUGAGAUGAGCGUGAAAGAGGAUGAACAGCAACCUGCAGCCGCCAGUCCCCGCUCAUCAGUCGCAAGCAAAAGUCCACCAACCUCCGAUAGUAGAACGCCAUUCCGGAUAAUGGCAGCAUUCGUCGCGCUUACUCUUUCGCUGUUUCUGGUAGCUCUUGAUACGGUUCUCAUACCUACCGCUCUACCGACCAUAUCGCAAUCUUUUCAAAUCCCGGAUUCACUUUAUGCCUGGACUGGAUCCGCUUACCUACUCACCAAUGCCGCGUCGAUACCGUUCUGGGGUAAACUGUCGGAUGUAUUCGGAAGAAAGUCUGUUUUGCUCAUCGCCAACUCCAUCUUUCUGGGUGGUAGCAUCGUCUGCGGAGUGAGCGUCAAUGCCCCUAUGCUGGUUACAGGUCGAGCUGUCCAGGGCCUUGGUGGCGGUGGUGUAGUAGUGCUGGUGCACGUGUGUGUCAGUGACUUGUUUUCAAUUCGCAACCGCUCCUUCUACAUGGGCAUGGUCGGGGCAGCAUGGGCACUCGCCUCUGCUCUAGGUCCAGUGCUUGGCGGUAUCUUUGCCGAAGAGUUGAGUUGGAAGUGGUGUUUCUACAUCAACAUACCGAUUGUUACGAUUUCAAUCAUUGUGCUCUACUUCACUCUCGAGCUCCAUGAUCCCAGAACGCCGCUCCUCCAAGGCCUUGUUUCUGUCGAUUGGGUUGGCAUAACUACGAUCAUCACUGCUGCCGUCCUAUUGCUGGUCGGUCUUCAGAUGGGUAGUGGUGGUUCGUAUGCAAACCCAAUGGUCAUCUCACUUAUCGUCCUUGGAUCAGCUAUCUUCAUGGCUUUUCCGUUGUCCCAAUGGUGGGAGGACAAACGCGGCGGCAGCCCCAUCAUGCCCCUGCGCAUAUUUAGAGACAUCAGCAACCUCAGUGCACUGGGUGUCUGUGCAUGCGAUGCUUUGGUAUUCAACUCCGUGGCAUACUUCCUGCCGCUUUACUUUCAAAUCGUCCUCGAAAUGAGUCCGGCAACCACUGGACUCUUGAUGCUCGCCGUUGCUAUACCGCUAGCAAUCGUAUCUUUGACAUCAGGAUGGGUCAUUGAAAAGAUCGGUCGCUUUAUCGAAGUGCUCCAGAUCGGAUUAUUCUUGAUGACGCUCGGCGUUGGUCUUCUCAUAUCCUUCGACGCAUCGUUUGAUCUCGGAAAAGUCAUUGGCAUUUUGGCUGUCAUUGGACUCGGGUUUGGCCCCAAUUUUGCAGCUCCGCUUAUUGCCUUGCAAACACAAAUACAAGACAGCGACAUGGCUACCGGUACAGCAGCUUUUGGUUUCGUCCGUAUGAUCUCGGGCGCUAUCGGUCUAGUUCUGAGCCAGGUCAUCUUUCAGUAUCUGACGGCGCCUAAUUUUCAAAGACUUGUCGACAGUGGUAUCUCUAUAGAGUUUGCCACUAAAUUAGUUAGUGGAGAAGCAAUCUCCCAAGGUGUCCAAAUUGGCGACCUUACUGUAGCUCAGAAGGAGGUCGUCCACCAAAGCUUCAUGGGCCCGUUGAGGAGAGUGUGGAUUUUGUACACGGCUGUUGGUGCGAUGGGACUUUUUGUAUCGUUUGGGAUCAAGAGAACAAAAUUGAACCAAGAGCCAUCGCCCUUGGCUAGAGUCGAGCAAGGCGGGGAUAUGGAGAGUGGAAAAGUUACUUCGACCUGAACAUACUUGCCUGGUGCAGUACCUAGACAGCAUUUUGGUUUCUCAACAGCUUAGCGAACGCAAUAUCGAAUAAGUUUGUCUAAGUAUCGUUUGAGAUUCUACAACAUUGUUCACAACAUCCAGGUGAAACCUGAGGUCAUGAAUAGCUACUUCAGUCCUACCAACUACGUUUCCAAAACCCCACAAAGAUUGUAUCUCGCUAGGACUGUCAUCGAACCCAUCAAUAUCUACAAAAGACUCAUAAUGGAAAUUCUCAACGAGAAUUUACCGCUUUUUG